AUGUCAACCGCAAAGGCGUUCACUAAGCAUAUUUCGUUUGAUGAUCUGGCACCUUCCUUGAUCGAUGAUCAAGCUACUAUUAUCAAAAACGACAGUCAUCAUGUUGGCUUGAACAAUCAUUUUUUGCAUAUACCUCCGCAAUUCAAUCCUGUUUACAAAAAUACGUUGACUGGUAGCCAAGGUUCUAAUGAACUUACAGCUGAUGAAAAUCUGGAUUUACUUGAAGGCGAAGGUGUUUCUCCACCAUCUCGAGUGGAAAGUCCAACAUCUAUGGCGCCUGGAGUUCCACAUUUAUAUACGCAGAUGUUUUCACCAGCAGCACACGAUCCUUCCAAGAACUAUCUAAGAUCAUCCAGCGUUGAAAGAAGUAGGAGUGAAUCUCCAAUGUUCAGGUCAAGAAGAAGAACUUCAGUAAGAUUACCUCCUCCCCCAAAAGUUUCUGUACUAAAAAAAUUUCCGAAGGCUGCUGAUGAACAGGGGCCCAUUGAUGACAUUAAUAUUGGAGACUUAGAUUUUGAACUGGAAAGGAGAAUGACCAAAAUGACUGAAAGAAACACUCAAAAAAAUUCCGGGUCAAGGAAGGGCUACACGCAAGCUGCAUUUGCCAACCUUAAUGAAGUGGAAGAUAGGAUUGAAGCUAAGUCAAUGAUGGAUUUAUCUGAAAGCGAAAAUCCGGAAAGCUCAAAAAAAAGGUCAAAAUCGUUUGCUGGGAUGACAGAUGAAGAAUUAACUAAGUUGGAAGAUUUUUAUAUAAGUAAAGGGAGAUCAAAUAAGACUAAAAUAGAUCAAUUUGAUUUCGGUGAGCAAGUUCCGGUAUAUUUGAACACAACUGAAUCGAAAACAGAGUCAAGCAAUAUAACAGACCCUUUGGCAGCAAUCUAUCCAUCAAGACCUACAAUUGUUCAUAAUGCAAUUUCGAUGACUGUUGAUCACCCAGACUAUGAAAGUUUUAUAUCCCAGACAAAAAACAAGCUGAAUUGUAAAGAGAAAGAUGACAAUGUCGAUUUGAGAGUUGUAUCAUGUUAUAUAUCAGGUAGGAGAUAUACCUGGUCAUCAGUGGAUUGGUAUGCUGAAAAUUUGGUAAGAGAUGGUGACCACUUAGUCAUAAUUACAACAAUUCCUGAGUUUGAGGCCAAAAUUGAUUCUCUAGCCUAUAAGGAGAAAAGAAAACACCGCUUAGAAAGAAUGGCAAGUGAUACCAGUGAAAUCAUGACUACAACGUCACAUAGCCUCGUGGGUCCAGAUCCGUCUAGCCCAUUAUCUACGGGAAUGAGAGUAGAAGCCAUUCAUAAUGAGGCAAAACAGACAUGUAGUAACAUUCUAACUUACUACUCGAAAAGAUUGGCUACAAAAAUAGUUAGAAUUAGUAUUGAAAUGGUAAAGGAAGAUUCGACAAGAUCGGCAAUAAUUUGUGCAACUUCCCUAUAUAGGCCGAGUUUGCAAGUAAUUAGCACUGUUAGUGCCAACAUUCAGAUCAAAUUCAGGAAUGGAAAAGUUAAACUGCCAUUUUUCUUAAUGAAACACUUUGCCAUGCCAGCAUUUGUCGUCCCAUUCGAAUUUAUCGAGCCAGAACUUUUGAUCAAAUCUAGAACAGAUGUAAAUAAGGAAGAGAAGACUACCGAUUCGGAGACCAGAGUAAAGAAAGAGGAAAGGUUACAAUGGCUAAGUGGAUUAAUCAAGAGAACUUUAGAAAAUCCAUUCACCAAACAUAAGGUGGUUGACUCGGACGAUGAAGAAAGUGAUAGCGAUGAAUCAGUAGCGUCCGUAAAUGAAUACUUCCCAAUCUCACCAGAGAAAAAAGAAGAAAUGGAAUUCUUCGAUAAGAUGGGAUAUGUAAGGCCAAAACCUUCCAGACAAGUACUUUUGGACGAUAACACUCUCAUGAAGUAUGAUAGCUCUGGUCGAAAAUUGACUCCCGUGGAGUCAAGAAGUUCUAAACGCAGUUCGAAGCGUAGUUCAAGAAUACAGUUCAACAAUAACAGUAUUUAUAAAGUAAAAUCAAUGGUAGAUGAUAUUUACAACCAUGACACAGCUCCUACACCUCAUGUUAAAACCGCACUGAAAUGGGAUAAUGAGGAUCCAAAAAUGAAACUCUCUUCACAUCCAAUGAGAAAAACAAAAUCUGCGGGUUUAUCACCCAGAACAUCGUCUGCUUCAUCGUCUUCGGGCCCGAAAAAGGUGCAUCAUCAUCACCAUCAUCAUAACCACGUUUCAAGGACGAAAACCGCCGAAAGCAGCAAAUCAGCCAGCAGCAAAAAAGGUAGUUCCUCAUCUUCUUCGAAAGACCAUCAAUUCAGGAAGCCUGAAAAGAAGAAGAAAAGUAAAUUUGGCUCCAUCUUUAAGAAAGUGUUCGGUUGA